AUGCCCGGGGAUAAGGAAGAGGCUGACGCAAAGGGAGUCAGCUGGCAACAAAGAAAGGAAGAAACGAAGGAGAAGAAGAAAAUAGCGGAAGGAAGAGAAGAGGCCGGAAAAAUAGACAAAGGGGUAAGACGAGGAAGGCCGACCAACGUAGAGGUGCUAAAGAGGGAAAAGAGUCUAAGCGUGGGAAACAUGUCCAGCAUAGAGGACAUCUGGAAAAGGAAAAGGGAGACAGAAACAGGAGAAGAGGAGGAGAGGGGAGGAGUGGGGGUAGGGGGAGGAAACCAACAAACGGAAGGAUGGAUAUUCAGAGGAAGCAGCCUAAUAGAAAGGUCACCGGAUAAGAAAAAAGAGAAAAUGGAAGAAGAAGGAGGAUUCGGAGAAUUAAAAGAGAUGAUAAAAAAGUUAGGAGAAGGCCAAAAAGGACUGGGGGAAAGGAUCGAUUCAAGCACAAGGGCAUUGGGAAAAGAAAUGAGGGAGGAGAUAGCGGGAAUAAAAGGGGAAAUAGGAAAGCUAAAAGAGGAAAUGAAGAGGAGGGAGGAUAAAUGGCUGGAACAAAAGAAAGACAUGGAUAAGAAAAUAGAAGCGUUAAGAAAGAAAAUGGAGGAGCUUGAGGGAGGUGAAAGGCAAAAGGAAAAUACCAAGUUGAGAAUGAUGGAAGAGAGAAUGCAAAGCUUGGAGAGGGGGGCGGCAGAGAAGUCAAAGGAGGAGAGUGAAAACGAGGCAGUAAAAGUUAAACUGAGAGAACUAGAGAGGAAAUGGGAGUGGAAAGAAAAAGAGGAAAGAAAGAAAAACAUAAUAGUCAAAGGGAUAAAAGUGAAGAGGGAAGACUUGAAGAAGAGUUCGGAAGAACUGUUGAAAGAGAUCGGAGUACAGGACGCGAUAGAGGAAGUGAAACCGGUGGGAUACGCGGAUGGGGGGAAAGAAGUAAACAUGGUUCAGCUGAGAUUGAGGACAAUGGAACACAAAAGAAUCGUGAUGGAGAAAAAGAAGACCUUGAAAGGAAGGGACGAGAAAAUAGAAGAGGAUCUAACAUGGAGGGAGAGGAGGAUACAGUGGAAGCUAAGAAGCAUAGCAAGAGAGGAGAGAGAAAAAGGCAGAUUUGUUUGGGUGGACCAUGGAAGAAUCAGAAUCGAAGUUCUAAUGGAGACUUGGUUGGAGAAGAAAGGGUGGGAGAAGAUAGAAGGAGGACUGCCAAAGGGGUACAGGUGGGAAGCACAAUUGGCGGAAAGGAAGAACAAAAAAGGAAGGGCAAUGGGAGGAAUGCUGGUGGGUGUGAAGGAGGGGCUGAUGGGAAAGGAAGGAAAAAUAAUAAAGGAAGAGGAAGAGGAAAAAGGGGGAUUAUUGACGAUGGAAUUUACGAGAGGGGAAGAGAAAUGGAGAGUAGUGGGGGUAUAUGUGAACGCAGAUAUAGAGGAGAAAAUGAAAAAGCUCAGGACAAGAAUGGAGGAUGUAAGAGACGAAAGAAUAACGAUCAUAGGAGGAGACUUCAACGCGAGAACGGGAGAAGAAGGAGGGGGACGAAAAUGGAGGGAUGGGGAAGAGGGGGAGGGAGAAAGAAAAUCGAAGGACAAAAAACAAAAUGCGGAGGGGAGAGUGUUACUGGAGGCGUUGAGGGAGACGGGCUGGGAGAUACUGAACGGGAACAUCAGCGGAGACGAAGAGGGAGAAUUCACCUACACAGGGGCAAGAGGGAGCACAGUGAUAGACUAUGUGCUGGUAGAAGAGGGGGGUAAGGAGAAGAUUAAAAGAAUGGAGAUAGGGGAUAGAAUAGACUCAGACCACCACCCAAUGAUACUGAAAAUAGAAGGGAGAGGAGCAGGAAAGGAAGAAGAAAGGGGAAGAAAAAAACAAGCGGCGAGAGGAGAUUGGACGGAACAGGGAAGGGAAAGGUUCAAAAAAGAAAUCAAAUGGAGAGAAGCGAGGGUAGGGCAACUAGAGGAGGAUAUGGAGAGGAUGUUGGAAGAGUUCAGAAAAGGACUAGAAAGAGGAAGAAAAGGAACUAAAAUAAGCAAGAGGAAAGGGUGGUGGGACGAAGAGAGCAUGAAGAAGAAGAAAGAAGUAAGAAAGAUUCUAAGAGACUGGAGGAAGGGAAGGGUAGGGGGGGAGAGAUACAGGGAGGCCAAAAGGGAAUAUAACAGACUGUGCGAAGCCAAGAAGGAAAAAGAAAACGAAAGAUUCGAAAGAGAAGUGGAGGAGGCAAGAACAGAAAGUGACGUAUGGAAAAUAAUUAACAAGGAGAAAAAGAGGAGAGGGAGGGUGAAAACGGGCAUAGAAAGAGAGGAGUGGAGGAAGCACUUUGUGAAUCUACUGGGGGGAUCAGAGGAAAAAGUAGUGCUGGGAGGAGAAAGAGAAAGAGAACGAGACGAGGAAGCGGAUAUAAGCAAAGAAGAAAUAAGGAAGGUGGUGGCGAAACUGAAGGAUGGGAAAGCGACAGGGGGGGACGAGAUUCCCAACGAGGUGUGGAGAUACGGAGGAGAAGAAGUCCUGGAUUGGGCAUGGGAAGUAUGCAACAGAGUGUGGAGGGGAGAAGGAUGGCCGGAGGGCUGGAAGGAAGGGAUAAUAGCGCCCAUAAAGAAGAAAGGGGAUGGGACAAGGGCAACGGACUAUAGGGGGGUGACACUAAUGCCCACGCUAUAUAAGAUAUACGCGGCGAUUUUAACAGAAAGGCUGAGAGAGGAAGCGGAGGAAAAGGGAAUGAUACCGGCAAACCAGACAGGGUUCAGAAGAGGGAUGGGAACAGUAGACAACAUAUAUGUGCUAAACUACCUCGUGAACAGGCAGAUAAAGAGAGAAAAGGGAAAAGUGAUAGCAUUCUUCGUAGACCUGAAGGCAGCGUUCGAUUCAGUGGACAGAGGAGUGUUGUUAGAGGCGCUAAAGCAGAGAGGAGUAAGAGAAGGUUUAAGGACAAGGAUAAAAGAGAUACUAAGGGAAACUAGAAGCAGGGAAAGGAGCAGGGAGAUGGAAAAAGAUGAGCUGGUGGUGGAAGGGAAAGAAAAUAGAAGAGGUGGACAAGUUCAAAUACCUAGGAUAUGUUUUAAGAAGAAACGGAGGAAACGAGCUGCAAGUAAAGGACAGAAUCAACAAGGCCGGAGUAGUGAUGAGACAAAUAUGGGGGAUUGGAAAAAGAAGAUUUGGGAAAAACUGGAAGAGAAGAAUUUGGAUAUGGGACAGGCUAGUAUGGACGAUCGUAGCAUACGGAGCAGAGAUAUGGGGGUGGAGGGAGUGGAAGGAGAUAGAAGCACUACAUGA